UAUUAUUGCUAUUGAUAUGAUAAGACGAUAAGGGAUAGACGAAAGGGAUUAGACGAUAAGAAGUCAGGGGUUUGUCUUGUUUUAUGAAUUCUAAUUUAUAGUGUUUGGAAAUAUAUUUAACCAAGUAUAUGUAUUUAAAGAUUUUACCCUUUUCGGAAAGUACGGUUUAUCGUUUAAAAGUGUAAUGUAGGAAUGUGUCUAGAAAAUAAAACUUUUCGAAGCAGUGUCCUGGGCUUCUUGAAGGUAGAGAAAUCAUGGUGUUAGUUUCUUUUGGGAAAACAAUAUUGAACCGAGUUAGGUGGAAACUUGUUCACAAUCACUUUAAACUAGCCAAAGUCGCCUCAAGCUUAGGUGUUCAAGUUCGACCAUCGCUCUCUUUACAGUCGGGUAAAUUCAAUGCAAGUGAAAAGGAACACCACCCCGAAUCAGGGCACGAAAAUUCGAAACUAUGGUUUCUCCUGCUUGGCGUAGUAGUCUGGACACAUGCACUCACCAAGACUGACAGUUUUAAACCAUUAUCAUUAGUUUUCGCAGACGCGGUCAUUAAGGAAAAUUCUGAUCCCGAUCUUCCUGUUGACCCUCUCGAUGAUGAGGAAGAAUUGCAUGAGAAGAAAAAGAAGAAAAAAGAAAAAGUUGGUUUUCGAGACCGCAAGAUAAUUGAGUAUGAGAACCGAAUUCGGCACUUCUCAACGCCUGACAAAGUUUUCCGCUACUUUGCAACGCUUCAAGUAACACAUGUUCACUCCAACGGAUCAGAGUCGCACGAAGUAUUCAUGACCCCUGAUGAUUUUCUCCGAUCAAUGACUCCGGGAAUCAAGCAGCCAGAAGGACUUGGGCUGGACCAAUAUAAACGCUAUGAUCCUAAGAAUCAUGACGAGAACAUCCACAUGAAGUUGGAAUUGGCACUAGAUGAAGACAGUAUCUUUUACAGAUUAGGCAGCUCUGGGCUCAUCACUUUCUCCGACUACAUCUUUCUUCUAACAGUUUUAUCAACUUCAAGGCGCCACUUUGAAAUUGCUUUUCGCAUGUUUGAUUUGAAUGGAGAUGGUGAUGUUGACUCAGAAGAAUUCGAGAAAGUAGCAACCCUAAUCCGUCAGCAGACAAGUAUCGGAAACAGGCACCGAGAUCAUGCUAACACAGGAAAUACUUUUAAGGUAUACCAGACUGGAUUGCAGAAUAAAUUGUCAGAACGAGAAAAGGGUGUAAACUCAGCCUUAACCACUUAUUUCUUUGGGCCAAAGAAAGAUAAGAAGCUAACCAUUGAGAAGUUCUUGGACUUUCAAACACAACUGCAGAAAGAAAUUUUAGGUUUAGAGUUUCAACGUAAAGGACCUGAUGAAAAUGGUAACAUAUCUGAAGCUGAUUUUACAGAGCUUCUUCUGGCAUAUGCUGGAUAUGCACCGAAAAAAAAGUCUCGCAUGUUGAAAAGAGUUAAAAAACAGUUCAAAGAAACUGCAAAAGGUAUCAGUAAGGAGGAUUAUCUCAAAUUCUUCCAUUUUCUGAAUAACAUUAAUGAUGUUGACACUGCUCUCACUUUCUAUCACAUAGCUGGUGCUUCAAUUGAUCAAGCAACUCUCAAGCAUGUCGCGAAAACUGUUGCUCAUGUGGAUUUGAGUGAUCAUGUCAUUAAUGUUGUUUUCACAAUUUUUGAUGAGAACUUGGAUGGACAACUCAGCAAUAGAGAGUUUGUCGCUGUGAUGAAAAAUCGGUUGAUGCGUGGUCUAGAAAAACCUAAAGAUACUGGUUUCGUGAAAUUCAUCCAGUCAGCUGUGAAGUGUGCCAAAGAAACCAAACCUCUUAACAUGGUUUUUUAAAUUUUCACGUGCAAGUAAUGUAUUGUUCACUCUAUUUUCUAAUUAUUAUAGAUUUCUAUUUAACUCUAGUCAACGAUGUUUCAAAUUUGAUUGCCAGAAGAAUAGCCCUUCCUAAACUUGAAUUCUGUUCUCUUAAGACAUGAAUAACAGUCUGAAUGUCAUAACAGACUUGAAGCUUUAUCUAAAUUACAUAUUUAACACACGAGAUAAGCAUAAAAUUGAUAUAGCUUUUCAUUUGUAUCCUCCCCAAUUUGAUCACUGAUGUAAACUGGAUGGAUCACUGAUGGAAUUAAUAGUAAUGUUACUAAAAGGGGAAAAAAUGGUGCCUUAUUAAAAAUGAUGACAACUUCGCUGCAAAUCGUUUCACAUGGACACAUCUUGACAGCUUGUAGCCCCUUCAACUUUUCCAAUAGCCCAUCAAGGCGAUAAGCUUGCAAAAUUUUCCGAAGGAGGCUUUUGCUACUAGGGCAAUCUGCCCUGAUACCGACUAGUGCUGGUCUCCAUUAUUUAGUCUGGUUACUUUGGGUCUCCUCCCCUUUUUAUCCAUUGAAUUUGUUACUAUGUUUUUUAGCUUCUAUUUUUUUGCUGAGAAUCUCACAUAUUAUUAUAUUACCCCUUUUUAAAAUGAUUUUCUUGACAAAACAAUUGUCAAAAAUAAUAAGCGACACUUGGCUUAGUUUAUUUUCAAUUUGUAUGUUUUAUUCUGCAGCUCCACGAAAAAUGUACUUACAUGAUGGGAAAUUCCUCCUGCUUCAAGUACAUUCGUGGCUUACUAUAUAUUUUCAGUGUGAGGUAUAAGCAGAUCUGCAUUCUUGAUCCUUAUAAAUAGCACAAUUUUUAAAGUUUUUAUUCUAUAAAGGUCUCUGUCACACAACGUUACCAAAUUUGCACAACUAUUUGAAUUUGCAUUUUGCGUAUAGCCAAAAGUAAACGUUUUGAAAAAUAAAGAAAAUCGUAUAACAUUUUUGAGUGGGGCUGUAGUAGUUUCCCAGGAAAUUCAAAAUAACCUGUGUUACUGGAAAAUGAUUCUUACUUUAUUAAGGAUCUAAACUUGAAAAUGGUUUAAAAUUUUUUAGAUAAUUGUCAUUUUGUGCUGUUGGCUCAUCUUCAGGUGUCAAAGCGGUAUUCUCGAAAAAUUGCAUGUUGAUAAAUGAAUUAAUAAACGAAGAAAAUUUGGUAAAUGGUAUUUUUGACCACCCCUUGAACCUGACAGUAUUAACAUGUUUUACUAUUUAAGUAGCAUUGUAUGAUAGAGGUCUCUGUUUAGAUAAAACCCCUCUGUUCUGUUUCAGUUUUUCAGAUUUUAAAAAUGUCCUUCUUUUACAAUUUUUUUGUUAGUGGUAAUAAUAUUCUUGAUGCAUGAAAAGCUUCAUAUUCAACCUUUUACAAUUUGUCUAAUGUCUAUUUAGCUGAAAGGGAUGUGCGAUGACAUAACGCACAGAGGAUGCAAAGCCACUACUUCUUUAAAAAGAAGGCAAUUUUUAAAAUAGACCAAUUUCCAGCCCCACCCUGAAUUUCGCAUUUGUUUAAAGUGUUCUUUGUUUACAAUUGAGACUUAAUGUAACUUAUGCAUGUAGGUACUUAAUCUGUUUACUCACACAUUUCUAUCCAUCGGUCUGUUAAAUAGAUUGUAUUAUAUUGUUUUUGUUAUUAACUAUUAAACCAAGAGUUUUCAGUAA